AUGUCGACUUCAAGCUCUUUGAGCGCAGAGGCAGAAGUCCCGCCGGUACUGGCGAAACAAGAGACGGCGAGUCCGCCGUUCUCUCCCAGAGAAGAAGCGGCUGGCCUGCCCGAAGAGAGACGCCCGCCGCCGCCCGAUCUCCGGGAACCUGAGGUGGGCAUUAUCCAGAACCGCGGAGCCUUCCCGGCUGGUUUCCCGCGGCUCGGAGGCCCACAAAGCAACCCCACUCUCCGUUCGAGGGUCACUCAGGCGUUCCUCAUGACACCACUGUACCCAAUGCGCUUCGUACACGUUCUGAUACAGCUAGGUUACGAGCCGGUACCGCCAGAACGACGCUAUAGCAUCGUCUUCCAGCGAUACAUGUACUAUUGGCCGGGCCUUAUAGGCUAUGCGAGAGCAAUUGCCAGGAAAGACGGCUGGAUGGAGCUGUAUCGAGGAGUCACGGGGAAUCUGGCAUCCGAAAUCACUGCCAUUGUCGCGAGUUCCCUCCUGUCACCUGUUGUGAAAGAAAUAGUGGGGAAAAUCCCCCUCAGUGUUGUCCCUAGCAACGGGGACACCCCUGAUAACGAGGACAAUAUCGAGACGACGCGAGCCAUCCUCGUCCGCGGAGUUCGCCUUUUUUGCAACCAACUCAUUGUCCGCUCGGCCGUUAUAAUCAUUCGUCAACCACUCUUCACCAUAAACGUGCGAAUGAUUGCGCAACACGUCGGCAAGGAAUCACUCUACGACAGCGUAUGGAGCUCUGUGCUGGAAAUAUACCACCGGGAGGGCGUGGCAGGUUUCUACAAGGGUGUGGUCCCGGCUCUUCUGGGCGGGGUGUUGUCGACGGUGAUGCAUGUGACACUGUGGGUGGGGCUCGAACUGAUCGCAAAGAUGAUCACCCAGGACGUGGGGAAGACCCUAAUUAAAGGCCUCGUUCGACCGUUCUUGAUUUCCUAUGUCCCUCGAUCCUACGCCUAUCCGUUUGAGUUGAUGAGAGCAGUCAUGUCGGCAAAUGACAGCGGACUACAAAUAGGGACGCAGCCGUACAUGCCGCGAUUCUCCGGCUGGAAAGACUGCUACAGGCAUCUGAAGGCACAGCACGUCAUGUAUAGAGGGAGCGUUUUCUAUUUAUCUCGCUACGCUUACACAGAAAAACCCUAG